GAUGGACGACCUCCUCCUUGAAGGCUUACAGAAAUGCAAGUCUCUUGGUGCACUGGCUAUGGUUCAUGCAGAGAACGGGGAUGCUGUUGCUGAGGGACAGCAGCGGAUGAUUGACCUUGGGAUAACUGGUCCAGAAGGGCAUGCUCUCUCAAGACCUCCAGUUUUGGAAGGCGAGGCAACUUCACGGGCAAUUCGAUUAGCAAAAUUCGUCAAUACACCGUUGUAUGUUGUUCAUGUGAUGAGUACUGAUGCAAUGGAAGAGAUUGCCAAGGCUAAAAGAGAAGGUCAGAGAGUCAUCGGGGAACCUGUGGUAUCUGGGCUAGUCCUUGAUGAUUCUUGGCUUUGGGAUCCUGACUUUGCAACUGCUUCAAAGUAUGUGAUGAGUCCUCCAAUCCGGGAAGCAGGGCAUAAUAAAGCACUUCAAGCUGCUCUUUCAUCAGGAAUAUUACAGCUUGUGGGAACUGAUCGUUGCACCUUCAAUUCCACUCAGAAAGCUUUCGGUUAUGAUGAUUUCAGGAAGAUUCCCAAUGGCGUAAAUGGUAAGCCAUAGGGCUUGAACAAAGGA